AAAAAAUUAAAUAUUAAUUUCAAUUUUCUCUCUCAUCGCGAAUUCGUGUCUCUUUCUUCCUCUUCGUGUUUGUCUGACUCUGCAGAAUUUCCCUCUGCAGACAAAAAAAAUACCUCGAAGAAGAAGAAGAAAAAAUCAAACAGAAAACCCCAACGGAAAAAACAAAACCCUAGCCUCAGAAGCUGAAAGCUCUCUGCUUUUCACCGUUUCACAUGGCGGCGUCCCUUUCCCGACCACCGCACAGGCGGAAGCACUCCGCCACCACAAACGCCUCCUCCUCAUCCUCCGCCGCCGCUUCGAAGAGCCCUUACGACGACGUUUUAUUGUCUGGUGGCGGUAAAAUGAAGUUCCAAGCUCAUGAGUACGCCGAGAUUUUCUCCGGGUCGUCGUCCAUCCCGGUGCUCGAUCUUUCGGGUCUGGACGAACGAGCGGGUUCGGGUUCGGGCGAUUACCGGAGCUCCAACCUCGAUUAUUCGAGCAUCUUUGGUGGGGUGCGGGUUGAUGACGUGGCGGUUCCGUAUGAAGAGUUGUUUGCCAGGAAAACUGUUACACGGCCGGCAGCAGAUCCACAGUCCCCUUUUCAAGAAUCGAGUUCCGAAAAUACCCCCGAUCGAUCCGCAGAUGGAAUUAAACAGCAUAUUAACGUGUCUUUCAACAAGAUUAGUCAGAAAACGAGCGACGCUUCAAAUGGGAAAACGCAUAUAGCACAACUCGACUCUGUUCCUGGAUUUACUCGCUUUGUCGACGGUGACAGGGCUGUACCUCCACUGAAACGUGAAGUGAGUCGCACAUGGAGUUUUAGUGUUGGGGUUAACGGAGAAUUAAGUCCUAAUAAGACGAGUAAUGUGAAUGAAAUCGAGAGCAAAUCACACGUCUCGAAAGUGCCAACUCAUAAUCCUGUUGAGGUUAAACGCUCGAGGUUGUCGAGUUUUGCUUCUAGAGAUUCUUCUGGAAGGACAGGUGGCGGACACUCGCCGCCGCCUUUGUUUGAUGAGGAAUUAGAUGAGAAUUCAGUUGCCGGUGUAUCUGCAGCUGCUUUGAAGAAAGCGAUAGAGCAGGCUCAGGAGAGUAUACGAAUCGCGAAAAUGAUAAUGGAGAGGAAAAAGGACGGUCUUCGAGGUGGGCCCAAGAUUAGGUCCGACAGUCAUUUGGAAGUUAAGGAUGAUGAUAAGAAGGAAACGUUGGAGAAGAGAGAAUUGACUAUUGACCGGACAAAGGAGCCCGAAAUCGUUGCUGAGCUGGCAGUGGAACAGCGUCGAGCACAUGUUGUGGCUCCUGUAAAAGGACCUGAAAUUAAUGUUGAAUUGCCGGAAAGAGAUGAAGAUUGUUCUCAAAGCACGCAAGAACACGAGAAGUUUACUCGUGAAGCAAAUGAGGAGAGAGACAAUCUUGUUGGCUGUACGGGAAAACAAGAGGAGGAAUUCGUGGAGCAUGAUGAGGUGGAUAAUGAACUGCAAAGUCCAAGUGGGAGAGGCGUGCUUGAGGAAGAAGACACGAAGAAGAGAUCUGAAAAUAUCACCGCGUUGGAAGAAAACGGAGAUGAAGAAGAAAAUGGGGUGAUGCAGAAAGAAGAAGAAGUACGCGAAGUAGGAGAAGAUGGAGAACAUGGGGUAAAUGUAGUUCACGAGCCAGAAAUUCGUGACGAGGAAAUGAACUUUCGGCAUGAGCGGGAUGAAAUUGCGGAAAGAGAGAUGAAUACUUUUGAAUGCGAAGCAGGUGAAGUACUGAAGAGUGAAAUUACGGGCGAUGAAUUUGAGGUUCGGGAGAUUGCUUCCGAUAAGGAAAAUGAUGAUGCUGUUGAUGUCCAUAGUUAUGAUUCCGACACGAAUUUGAGUGAUACUAGCGUCGUUAUUAGCGAGACUCGAGAACCUUGUGAUGUUGAAUUAGACAGCGGAGCGCAAGUUGAAGGAAACGAAGAUAGCGACGAUAGUUUGCACGGAGUGGUAACUGAAAUAUUUUCGGAGAAUGAGAGCUUGAAUAGAUGUUCGUCUGAAGAGAGUUUUAUCGAAAGCAAAUUGAAUGAUGGCGUUGAAGCUCUUUCUUCUGAUAGCAAGACUGAAAAUGUCGGUGUAGAGGAUGCAGAUGAUCGAGAAACAUUGCCGAAAGACGACAACGUUUUCACAACAACUAGCGAGUUGCAUAACGCUUCUCAAGAGUAUGCUGCUAAUACUCGAGUUGAGGAAUUAGAUACCACAAAUGUAAAAACGGAAUCGGAAAAAAGAACUUCGGAGACUAACGAAGAAUCUGCAUCGACCUCCAUCCUCGAAAAUUCAGAUGAUGUGUCAGCUCACGAGGCUCGAGCGUUUGCAGCAAAUGCAAACGAAGAAGUAAAAGAUGACCACGAUACGUCUCCCGGUGAAAGAGAAUACGUUGAGGAACAAAAUGAAGAAACGGGUCAAAACAUGGAAAAGAAUAAGGAGAAUCUCGGCGAAACCACGACCACAACAGCACAAAAAGAUUCCAAAUCGAACGAGCAAACGUCCGAGACAAACGACGACGACCAGCAGCAGAGAAUCGAAGCUAUCAAGAGGGGAAGAGAGAGGGAGAAAGAUAGAAUAGCUGUAGAAAGAGCAAUCCGCGAAGCACGCGAGAGGGCGUUUGCGGAAGCUCGAGAAAGAGCAGCGGCUGAUAAGGCGGCCGUUGAAGCCAAGGUUAGAGCUGAACGAGCUGCAGUUGAAAGAGCCACAGCAGAGGCUCGCGAACGAGCUUUAGAGAAAGCAAUUUCUCAGAGAAUUUCCACCGACGCAAGAACACAGGGUGAUAUACACUCCCCUUCAGAAAACAAUUCUACUUCUUCGCGAAAUAAUGAAUUGAAGCACAGUUUUUCAUCUUCGGAUUUGGAGAAAUUUGAUGGAACGAGUAGUGAAUCGGCACUGAGGCGUAAAGCGAGGUUAGAGAGGCAUCAGAGAUUAAUGGAGCGAGCGGCGAAAGCCCUUGCAGAGAAGAAUAUGCGCGAUCUUCGUGUCCAGAAAGAACAGGCCGAGAGAAAUAGACUAGCUGAAUCACUUGAUGCCGUAAUUAAGAGAUGGGCGACGGGGAAAGAGGGCAACUUGCGUGCACUACUCUCGACUCUUCAAUACAUCCUCGGAUCAGACAGCGGGUGGAAGCCUAUACCUUUGACAGAGAUCAUAACGACUGCAGCUGUAAGAAAAGCUUACAGGAAAGCAACUCUCUGCGUACACCCCGACAAACUUCAGCAAAGAAAAGCCACCAUCCAGCAAAAAUACAUUUGCGAAAAGGUCUUUGAUCUUCUCAAGGCUGCGUGGAACAGAUUCAACUCGGAGGAAAGGUGAAAAAUAGCAAAGCAGCGGCAUUUGUUUCGGAGGGGCUUCUUUUUGUAUUCGAUUAAUUUUAUUUAUUUUUCUCUGCGAGAUGAGGGCUGUCUGUAUAUUUGUUGACCAGGUAGGUUGACAUCUGGUUCUGGUAUGCAUAAAAAUAAAUGUAUUGUUGUAGUAUGUUUCUAUAUACUAUUCCAUCUUUAAUGCUGGUGUUCUUUUGUAUAAUGUGA